UCAAUCGGCAAUCAAGUGUGCAGAACAUCAUAAGCUGGUGCAUCGUAGGCUGAUAGUGUGAGCGAUUGUAAAGGAUUACAAGCCCAGCAUGGCAAUGGCAUCGAUUCUUCCGGCAUCCACUGGCGUAGGCGAGAGCGAUCGUGUUCUCAAAUCUAUGGACGCCAACCGGUACGCUACGAAGAAAACCAUCGCCCAAGGUAUGCUGGACAUCGCCCUGCUGACGGCCAACGCGUCACAGCUCAAGUACAUCCUGCAGGUGGGCGAAAAGCACGAGUUCUACGGUCUGAUGCUGACGCUAAUCAGCAUCUCGAUCAUACUGCAGAUCGCUCAAGGCAUCGCCUGUAUCCUGCUCGCGAACUACAACAUCAACAAGGAGCAUUCGCGCGAGACGGCCAAUGCGGUGCAGAACUUUUUGCUCGGGCUCAACAUGGCCACGGUUGUGGUUAACAUUAUGAUCAACGGGAUGGAGGUGAAGCACAUGGACGAUGUUGGAUCGGGCCUUGCACUCGAAAGCACCACGAAGGGACUGUGAAAGUCAGAUGGAUAUGGAUCUUUCCUGGCGUGCUGUAGUCCUAGAACUGGAGGAAAUAAACCAAAGUGGACUAUAAAUACAGGGAGCCUA